GAUCUUCUUCAUGUUAGUCUUCGACAUGGACACGGAGUCUUCGGGUUAUAAAGAUUUCGUAUGGGCAGUUGAAUUACACCGUUUGGGUUUGGAAUUGAUCGGUUUAUGGCCUAUAGCCGAUGAUGUUUCUAAGAAAAAUGCAUGGUCCAAUAUUCGCGUAUGCUUUAUUUUCAUUACUGUGAUAGUCGUCUCUGGUGUACCGCUUGUAUGGGCGCUUAUACGAGUUUGGGGUGACACGGUACUUAUGGUAGAUAAUUUACGAAUUACAUUACCUCUUAUAGUGGUUUCAUUCAAAUUUGUUAUUAUACGAUGGAAACGAAGAGUUCUCCUAUCUAUUGUAAACGCGAUGGCGGAGGAUUGGAUAGCAUUAAAGUUAAGCAAAGAGAGGGAUGUGAUGCUAAAAAAUGCACGAUUUGCUCGAUUACUCAUAAUUUCCGGAUAUGUUUUAAUGACAUCAGCAUUUAUCAUGCUAAUCAUUUUUCCUUGCUUUGGCAUAAAAAUAAGGCACAUAACAAAUCUCACCGAUCGGAACAAACCGCUACCGCUGCAGACGUAUUACUUCUACGACACUGAUAAAAGCCCGCAAUUUGAAUUGACAUUUCUUGUUCAAGCCAUAACAAUUUCUAUAGGAGCUAUUAUUUACACGUCGGUAGAUGCUUUUCUUGGGCUCGUAAUCUUUCACAUCUGCGGCCAAUUAGAGAACUUCAGACACCGUUUAGUCAAUUUGGUUUUGUGCAAAAAUUUCAACCGAGCUCUGAAUAACAGCAUAAUGUAUCAUUUACGACUCAUCA